AUGCCUGAGCAACCAAAGGAUUAUAACAAAGUGACGCAAUCAGACACCUCUGGAGGCGGUCAUGGACCAUUGCCGAUCCGCCGUCCUAAUGUCGAUUCCCAACGACUCAUGGGUGACCCCAUCGCGCUGCCGCCGGGGAUCGACUCUCAGACUUUCAAGAACUUUAUUUUGACGGUCGCCGACGUCGUUGGAGUUGAGAACGUUACUGUUAUAACCGGGCCAGAGCAUCAUGCCAAGGACCACUAUAUGGACCCCAGCAAGACGCAUGACAUGUUUUAUAUAAACGACGAAGACUACUUUAUCAGCUCGGCGGUCGUUGCGCCGCGAAAUGUCAAGGAGGUCCAGGCGCUCAUGAAGUUGUUCAAUGAAUGGGAGAUUCCCGUUUGGCCGUUUAGUAUCGGGAGGAAUGUCGGCUAUGGAGGAGCUGGACCCCGAGUGCGAGGCAGCGUGGGCCUAGACAUGGGGAAGAAUAUGAAUAAGAUCUUGAAAGUCGAUGUUGAGGGUGCCUAUGCCCUUGUCGAGCCCGGCGUCACAUUCCAGGCGUUGCAUGACCACCUAGUCGACAAUAACCUGAGAGACAAACUCUGGAUUGAUGUUCCGGAUCUCGGCGGUGGCUCCGUGCUUGGGAACACAAUAGAAAGGGGUGUUGGCUACACGCCGUAUGGAGAUCAUUGGAUGAUGCACUGCGGCUUGGAGGUCGUUCUUCCCGAUGGAAGCCUUGUCAGAACAGGCAUGGGUGCUCUUCCUCCACCUGGAGUCGACCCUUCAGUGCCCGCAGAUGAGCAGCCGUCGAAUGAAUGCUGGCAGCUCUUCAACUAUGGCUUUGGCCCAUAUAAUGAUGGCAUAUUCACCCAGUCUUCUCUAGGUAUCGUUACCAAAAUGGGGAUCUGGCUCAUGACGAAUCCUGGAGGAUACCAGUCUUAUAUGAUCUCGUUUCCCCGGGAUGAGGAUUUGCACCAAGCUAUUGAAGUCAUUCGACCUUUGCGAGUAGGAAUGGUUUUGCAGAAUGUGCCAACCAUCCGUCAUGUUUUGAUGGACGCAGCUGUCAUGGGAACCCGGAAGAAAUAUUCGAAUUCUGACAAACCUUUGACGGAUGCAGAGAUUGAUGAGAUAGCCAAGAAGCUCAACCUGGGUCGAUGGAACUUCUACGGAGCUCUAUACGGCCCCGCUCCUGUCAGAGAGGUUCUGUGGCAGGUGAUCAAGCAAUCGUUCUCGGUCAUUCCUGGCGUGAAAUUUUACUUCCCAGAGGAAAUGCCAGAAAAUCAGGUAUUGCAGAUCAGGCACAACACCCUACAGGGAAUCCCCAGCUUCUCAGAGCUGAGUUGGGUCGACUGGCUUCCCAAUGGCGCUCAUUUAUUCUUCAGUCCGAUCGCCAAGGUGUCUGGAGAUGAUGCAGUUGCACAAUACGAGCUCACGAGGCGCAGAAGCGAAGAGUUUGGUUUCGAUUUCAUUGGCACCUUUGUGGUUGGAAUGAGGGAGAUGCAUCAUAUCGUGUGCAUUGUCUAUGAUCGCAAGGACCCCGAACAGAGGCGCAAAGCUCACCAGCUGAUCAGUCUGCUCGUUCAUGAUGCAGCAAAAGCCGGUUGGGGAGAGUACCGAACACAUCUCGCAUUGAUGGACCAAAUAUCAGGGACAUACAACUUCAAUGACAAUGCGCAGAUGAAGCUGAACGUGAAGAUCAAGAAUGCCCUCGAUCCCAGGGGAAUCCUAGCCCCAGGGAAGAAUGGCAUCUGGCCGCAAAACUACGACGCAGCAGCAUGGAAGGUGCCAUUAUGA